AUGCCGGUCUCCAAGCGUCGCACGACGACGGGGCACACUGGCCUUGACAAUGACAUGGCCAUUCAGAUCACGAGCAUGUCCGCGACUCUCUCACAAUUAAUCCCAAUACCUGCACUCAGCAUCGCUACAUCUACGGUCCUCGCUAUCAUCGACGUCGUUGCGGAAGUUAAGACGAACAAAACUGAAUGUGCAAGACUAGCGUGGAGAGCAUCACGAAUGUUGCGUCAGCUCGCGCGACAGUUGGGGGGAAAGUGGGAUACCGCCCCAUCUGCGCUCGUGAGCAAUAUACAUGACUUUGAGCAAACAUUGGCCGUCUUCCGCGAGUUCAUGGCCACUGCGAGCGAUGCGUCGUGGCUCAAACGCCUAGUCGGCAAGUCAACGAUCGAAGAUAACAUGCGCGACAUGAACAUUAGGCUCGAUGCAGCCGCCCAAUCUUUCCAGGUAUCAUCAUCUCAGCGCUGCCAAAUGAAGCAACUGCUUAUAUACCUUCUGGAUUGCCUCUCUCAUUCAUCACGCACUCGGCGGUGGAGCGGUUACAGCGCGUCAAUCUAUGCCUUGCCUGAACCGGUUCUCUCAACGUCGCUGGCCGUCGUGGAGAAAGGUGGACACACGUCGGCAUCGCCAGAAGAAUCUGUGAGCGUGGAUGUUCGUUCUCGAGCGGAUGUGGAGGUGAAUGAGUUCUUGGAUGGCAUCAAAGGCUCUAAAGACAAGCACGGCUUCAACAUUUACCAUCAGCAAGAUGUCCGUAUAGAACGUACUCAUCGACGCGGAGCCGGCUGGUUCUCCGAAACGGCCGAUGCUCAGGUCAAAAGAUCGUUGUGA